AUGGAUCAAAGUAUGUUAUGGCCGGUGAAAUUCACCGAGCACUCAAAACUUAUUCAAAAACUCGUUAAAUCCUCAAAUCAGAAACCCAGAAAAUCCUCAAAAUCCCAACAAAGACUGAGUUUGAAUUUUCCCAGAACGGUUCGGAUUUCAGUGACUGAUCCCGACGCAACUGAUUCAUCCAGUGACGAUGAGGACGAGCUUUUUCGAAGGCAACGAGUGAAGAAGUACAUCAACGAAAUCAGAAUCGAAACAGCUGCUAAAACCAAUGUCGAUGUCACCAAUGGAAAUGAAAGCUGUAAGAAGAGAAAUGGAAGGGUUCUACUGGCCAAACCAAAGCCAAAGAAGGUGAAAGAGGUGGCGCAGCCGGCAGCCAAUGGAGGAGUUAGGAAGUUCCGGGGUGUUCGGCAACGGCCGUGGGGUAAAUGGGCAGCAGAGAUCAGAGACCCCUGUCGGAGAGUCAGGCUUUGGUUGGGUACUUACGACACCGCGGAAGAGGCUGCCAUGGUUUAUGACAACGCCGCUAUAAAACUCCGGGGGCCAGAUGCUUUAACCAACUUCGUAACUCCGCCGCCCAAGGAUAAGACGGGGACGAAUGAUAGUUCAGUUUCUGGCUACGAGUCGGGUGUCGAGUCGAGAAAUCUUUCAUCUCCGACAUCUGUUCUCCUGUACGGGAGUAGCCAGUCGAGUGACAAUGACACCGACCAACAAUCAGUGUCCGAACCGGUUCAGGAAGUGGGCAAAGAUGUCGAACCGAGUACCUCAGUCGGCAGACCUGACCGGAACCAAACAUUUAAUGGAACCCGUUCAACUAACGGUCCGAUUCAGGAGCUCCAAGAGUGUCAAGGGGAGACAAGCAUGGUACCCGACUAUACCAAGGACUAUUUACCGAUGGAUAUGCCAUUCCUAGAUGAUUUCUUUAAUUUCCAACCUCAAGAACAAACAUUAUUCGACGAUACUCAAAGUUUGGUCAAGGAUUUUAGCAUAUCGUUUGAUGGCAUUCCUGCAUUCAUGGACAUUUCACAAGGAUCAUCAGACUUCACAGAUUAUAAUUUUAAUGAUUCACUUCAAGAUCUCAGUUCAAUUGAAGUCGAUGACUAUUUUGUUGACAUGGGUGAUUUUGCAAGUGCGGACGCACUUCUAGCAAUAUGA